AUGCCGGCCUAUUUCCUCCAUGGCUUCCGCUGGGGACGUCCCAGCAUCCGCAGAUUUGUUGAGCGGAGCGGCCUGCCGGCGAGCAAGGCCGAGUGGUUGAUCGGCGACCAUGCAGGCGCUGACGUUAUCAUGGAGCUCAUGAGAGAAUACAAGUACAUCCCCGAAAGGUCGAUUCCCCUGCCCACCGAGCCGGGACACAACCAGGCACCGGAGUGGCAGAUGCGCCAGGAAUCGUACAUCUUGCCCGAGCCGCACAUGUCCCCGGACGAGGAUCCGAGGGUCAACUCUCACGCCUGGACAGGCCUCAAGCUCAUGGAAGAGUACGACGGGAGAGGCACCGAGCAAGAACCGCCUCGGCCCUAUGCCUUUGUGGCCAACUACGUCGUGCGCGUCGAUCUCGACACCAGCACCGAGAUCGAGUUCUACAAGUUCAAUAGGUGCCCCCUGUCUACGAGCUCUGCCUGGCUGUCUAGGCUGCGCAGCGCGCUGCAGCCCAAAGAGCCAGUUCGCUGGUACAUUGUCAACUGUGCCGAAGGCCCAAAGAUACCACCGUCACUGACGUACGACGGAGGCGGAGCGGACGGAAGGUCGGAUAAGUCGCAGGCUUCUGGACAGUCUGGCAACGAUGACGACGGCGCCGACAAGAAAGACGAUGGUGACAAGAAGCAAGACGAAGAUGGGGACGGGAAUGGCAAUGCCGAGAGUGACCGGAAGGAGAAGAGGAAAGCAUUGUUCAACCUGAUACCUCUGUCUGGAAAGAAACGUGCCGACAAGAACAAGCAGGCGUCGGGCCUUUGGGGGAGGCUCGAAUUUGUCCUUAUCGUCUUCCUAGUCCAAGAUUUUCCCUGA